GUCGGACCCCCUUGCUGCCCGGGCGGGCUCGGCUGCAGCUGUUGUGUGUUUGUCUCCGGCCGGCCACAGUUGUCGGGACACGAAUAUCUCACCGCCUCUCUGCUCCGCACUUGUGCCGUCAAUCAUCGCUUUCCAGAGGGCCCGACACUGUCGCAGCUGCCAGACGCGCCGUGUCCGUGUCCCGCUCCGCUCCCAGCUCAGUCCCCGCUCUCCCCUCCCAAGUCAUGGGCGCCCUAACCUUGCCCCUGCUCGCCGCGCUGGGAGCGCUUCUACAGGUGGCUGCCCCUCCCCCGGUGCCGACUACGGUCUCCACCCUGUACCCGUGGGGACGCCGGGCUCGGGGCUCGGGGCCUGCGAGGGUGAGACGGGCCUGGGUCAUCCCCCCCAUCGCCGUGUCGGAGAACAGCAGGAAGAUUCCGUACCAGCUGGUCCAGAUUAAAUCGGACAAGCAGUCGAAGGCGGUGAUCUACAGCAUCAAAGGGCCGGGGGUGGACGAGGAGCCGAGGGGAAUCUUCACCAUUGACCCCGACACGGGGCUGGUCUUCCUCACCUCCGUGCUGGACCGGGAGGAGACGAGUAGCUACAAGAUUAAGGCGUACGCGGUGGGCGAGACUGGCGCGCCGGUGGAGGAACCCACCGACCUGGAGAUCAUUGUCAUCGAUCAGAACGACAACCGGCCCGCCUUCCAGCAGCCGCUCUUCACGGGCCGCGUGGCCGAGGGAGCGCCUCCAGGGACGCUGGUGAUGCGCGUGUCCGCGACCGACGCUGACGAUCCACAGACGGAUAACGCUGCCCUGGGAUAUUCAAUCGUGGGAGGCGGACGAGGCAUCUUCCGCAUCGACCCUGUGACCGGGGACAUCCGCAUCGUCGGAGUGGGUCUGGAUCGCGAGAACAUCUCUGUGUACAACCUGACCCUACAAGUGGCCGACCUGGGGGGUGACGGUCUGUCCACCACGGCCACCGCCUCGAUCUUCAUCGAGGACGUCAAUGACAACCCGCCGGAGUUCACCCAGGCCGAGGUGAAGAGCGAGCAUGUGGGCAGCGACGGCCGCGGGCACCACCGGUGGUGUGGGAUGUGUCCGGGGCUUGGCCUGGAGCGGGACAGGCUCGCUGCUAACCCGGCAACGCUGCGCUGUCGUGCCACACCUGGCGGCGUUGGCUGACCGCUCACCCAGCUUCUGGCCGAAGGAUUGCCCAAUCCCGGCGAUGACCCCGGGGCUGGUGCCCGUGAGCGGCUCCGCUCCAGGAUCGGUCCAUAACCGGUCCCUUCCCCGUGUCCCCUUGUCCCA